GUUACGUACCGGCAGGAGAGAAAACAAGAGAGAGAGCAGGCGAGAGAUCAAGAGAGAACACAAAAGAGGUCAAAAGGGAGGGAACAAGCGAGGGGAUACCGUGUGGAAUUCCUAGCUAGAAAGGUGCAGGAGAGCUUGUCUUUUGGCUGUCGAAUAUCCGAGAGAUUUCUUUUCCUUCAUGUGAAUUUUCAGCUUGUCACUGUGGCACUUGUCGCCUGUCCUGUCAUCGCACCGCCUUAUCAUUCGAACUGCACGGAACGCAGUCGUGAGAAACAAGUCAGCUGGCCCCCGACCCGCGAGAGGAAGGACGAAAAAGAGACGAGAACAGAAGACACACCGGAGAAGAGAAACGAACAGAAAGGAAGGAGAAAAAGAGGAAGGAAGCAGCGAGGCAGAGCAGCAAGGUGGAGACAAAACAGGACGAAGGAGACUGGGGGAAAACAGAAACUGUUACGUUUCCGGGUGAAUAUGCUAACGCGAGAGGGCCUAGAAACGAAGAGUGGCAUUUUCUACAGGGAUUUCGCGAGACAAGAAAACAAGAGUUUCCAUGGAAGAAACGAGGCCCUUCGAUUGAGAAGAAUGAAACGAAGAAAGAGCUCCGACUUUCUCUGCCGGGUGCCCGCACGAUUUCUGUUGAAUCGCUGUUUCGUGACAAAGUCGCUGGAGCAUCGUCAGCGUUCUUGAAGAAAUCGAAAUCAAGAAGGAAACCACUUGAAUCGUCUGCCGUUCUCCUUCUCUCCGGCCGCACUCGUCUCCACGCUUUUCCUGUCUUCUCUGGUCUCUUUUGCUCUCAGAUUCUUGUGUGCUCUGCAUCUCCUCCCUUUCUUUUUUCCUUUUCAGUCUCUUCUUUCUUCUUUACUCUCUUGUCUCCUCUGCUCAAUCGUUUCUUUCCUCUCCACUCUCUCCUUUUCAUCUCACUUGUGCUGGCCCCGUGGUUCCCCCGUUUUCUCUCCAUGUUUGACCUCUUCUUCACGACUCAGCACCAUGGCGCUCUCUCCGUUUCCUUCUGCUCCCUGCUCUCUCUGUUUCCUUCCGCCUCGUUGUCGUGGCUUCGCCGCUGCCCCGUUGAUUCGCUUCUUCGUCGCGAGUCUUUCGGUGUCUCUCUCUCUCGUGCUCAGUGCCGGUCCGCUUUCGCCUUCUCUUUUGUCGUCCAACUCCUCACUGUCCCUGGUGUCUGCGUUGCUUCCUUCUGGGGCGUUGCCAGUCCUUUUCCCUGCCUGGGCAGUCGUUGAGGAAUACGCAGAGUUGGAGGAGACUGGCGAACAGAGUCACCACCGCCGGCAGCGGAUCGACGUUUCUGUGCCGAGCUUCGAGGCUCACUCUGCUCUGCAGCCUUCCGGAGUGGAGGCAGAGAAGUCCUUUUUCUCCUGGGAGUCCUACCACUCCAGAGUGUUGAUUUGUGAAGCCUGUCAGUGCCUGUCCAGUCUCGUCCUCGAGCUGUUAACUGGGAGCGGAACAACCGCGAAAACCGAGACAGAGAGCGUCGGCGAAGAGAGCCGACAGGCACAGAGAGAAGGAGAAGCCGAGACACGCAAAUCAGAUGUUGAACGCAAAGGAGAAGGCGAGAGACAACCUGCACAAGAAAGGAAAGCAGGACAGGACCAAGUCUCUAGCCGAGAAAGACAGUCUGUGGGUGCCACAAGUGAAGUUCGAGGAGCAGCAGUGGAACAGGGGAAAAGCGACACCAAGGAGAGCCACAAAGGAAGCGGGGAAGCUGAGACAGACGGCCGCGCCUCAGAGAAAAAAGGUCUGGAAAUAGAGAGGACAAGAGCGGCGGAAAAGGACAGCAGAGAAGCGGCGCAAGAAAAGCGGCGACGCACCGAGCGAAUUAUUGCCCUCGACCAGAUCUUGGAAGCAAACAAGCUCUGCUCGUUCGGCUACUGGAAACCUUUUGCCGAUAAAACGGAAGAACUCACCGUGAGGGAGAUGCAAACCGCCUGUCGUUCGCUCCUCGCCGCCGAGUCUGAAAGCAUUUCUUCCUUUUUAGCAACGCAUCCCGAGGCGACGGGGCGCUCGCUCUCUGAGUUUCUGUGCUUGCCUGAACGCUGCACGUCUCUCUGGAGAGAAGACGACUUGCCAGCGAAGCGCGAAAACCAAGCAGAACGGAACCUGCGUCUCGGUCGCGCGUUCCUUCGGUGGAAUCGCGACCAGCCUGGAAUUAUCGAAACUGACUCUGGUCUCCAGUUUCGGAUGAUCAAGCCUAACCACGAUCACCGGGCGAGACACCCGAAAGGCGAACGGGACUUGAUCCACAUGCACUACCUUGGGAAGCGCCUGAACGGCGAGACGUUUCAAAACACUUUCAGUAGAGGGCAUGCAGCCGUGGUGGAACUCGGCAAGCUCGUUCCUGGGUGGCAGGAGGCGCUGAAAAUUCUAAAAACUGGCGAAGAAAUGCAUGCGUACCUUCCCCCCGAAAUCGCAUUUGGAGAGCUGGGCGUAGAGGGGAAGAUCGGUCCCAAUGAGGUGCUGCUUCUGCACAUCCGCCUGGAAUACAUUGAAUACCACGAACACAUUCCACCCCACUACGGAUCUGUGGCGGCGCUACCGAGACCGGAGUUCACUGAGAAACAGAAACGCGAAGCAAGAGAGAGGAACAGGCAAAAACGAAAGUCGGACGCGUCGACAGAGGGUUUGAACAGCUCUGACGAGGAAAAGGAGCGCGCAGCAAGGGCGGCAGAGAGGAGACACACAGAGCUCUGACGGUAGCGAGAAAGAGGCGAAAGCAAAUGACACUGAGACUGAGAAAAGGCGAGCGACAGGACAUGCGGUGGCAGGAGACCAGGAAGAAGGGAAGGCUGCCUUGCUCCGUGGAAGAGCGAUAUGCUAAGAGAGUUUGACUUUUUUCUGUAUCGCCAAGCCUUUUCCGUCGAUCUACACGGUGCACUCCGGGCCUCUUCGCACUCCCCGAGGUGCUGCGCAAAUAACUUCUGUGAACCAUUCGCUCGCUUGGCCUCGCAACAGCUUCUCCAUGUUUGCUCUCCUCUGUGAUGUUUUGAACGAUGGCGCAACGCCUGCCUUGUCUUUGCGCGCUGUCGCUGGCUUAACCGUGAGUCUCUGACUAGCCACCUGUGUCGCUAUCGACUGCGUGUUUUCGACGGAAAAGCAAAUGGUCGCUACCUCUUUCUUUUCUGUGAGAAGUGAAACGCAAGGAACGAGUGGUCGGGCGAGGUACCCGUGGUGCCGGGUCUCUUCGCUGAAGAUGCCGACGACGCCGGGUGAGAAAAAGCAAAAGCCAAGACAGCGCUUCAAUGGCGGGGUGGAGAGAACUGGAGUCGAGACAGAAGACACACAACGAGAAACGUUCU